GCUUUGUACACUGCCUACUGUAGGCAUGGAGCACCAAACGAUAUUAUCACUGAUCAAGGCAGAGAGUUUGUCAACCAGGUGUGCAAGGUACUCCAUUGUCAAUUCAAUGUCAGGCAAAGAAUAACAGCUGCUUAUCAUCCUCAGUCUAACGGACUAGAUGAAAGAACAAAUCAAACAAUUAGAAAAUGCCUUGAAAAAUUGGUAAUAGAGCAUGAAGAAGACUGGGAUGAACUCCUUGACCCAGUUCUCUUUGCUAUUCGAACCAGUGUUCAAGAGUCCACCAAGUUCACUCCUUUCUUUUUAAUGCAUGGGCGAGAAGCUAGGUUUCCUUUAGAAGCUGAAAACAGUGAGAUCACUUCUGUCAGUCAGUUGGGUGAUGUGCAGCAAGCAGUACAUCAUCUAAAGGAAAUGAGAAACAAAGUUUUCCCUCAAGUAAAAGAAAACAUUGAAAACAGUCAGGAAAGACAGAAACAACAAUACAGAAAAAGAAAAGGAGCUGUAGUAAACUCUAUCCAGGUUGGACAGACUGUUUUGCGAUUAAAUAUGCUAAAAAGGACAACGAAAGGUCAUAAGAUGGAAGACACCUGGCUUGGACCAUACAGAGUUAUAGAAAUGACUGCAUCUGGUGGCUGUGUCCUUCGUUGCAUCAAAACUAAUUCAACAAUGAAGCGCAAAGUUAAUAUUAGUCAGCUGAAGAUCUACAAUACACCACAGAAGUCUUCUGAAUUGGCAAAUGCGACAAGCAAAGAUGAUGAAUCAGCUGCUACUAGGAUUAAGGGCAACAGCAAGCCAAAUUUCUCAGAUUUAGAACGUCAGCUAUUUGAUCAAAGUCUGUUACGGCUGUGGCGCACAGGAGCAAUAUGGGAGGCUUGGAAAGCUGAAGAAGACGACGAGAGAGAGCUUGCUGAACAUACAAGCUCUGUUGAAGAAUGUUGGCUUAGUGUCAAUGUAGACGUGGCUCUGUGGCUAGACUGUCGAACAUAUGAGAAAAAGCCAACAUUAAAACGAGUUAGUGAUUUUGUGCUAGUAAAUCCUGUUGUUCAUCAAGAGAUCAAUGAUUUUGCAAAAGCUGAAAUAACACCAGAAUUGCAAUUACUACUAGACGUGGACUUAAUUAAGGUCUGGGAAACUGACAAAGCACUCUCAUUGCCAAGGGUGUCUCGAUAUCAAAAUGUGUAUGUCAGCAUCAGCAGCUCUCAACUUGAUGACCUAUGUCUGUGGGUAUAUGAUAUGAGAAAGCUGUAUAACAGUAAAGGAAGAAGUUUGUUUGAGGUAGUUAAUGAGAGAGCAAGUAUGCCUCAAACAUUGUCUAGUCUAACAUCAGCUGCCGAGAGUUCACAAAGAUGGGUACAUGGUCUGGAUCUCAAUGAAACUGAUAAAUGUAUUAUACAAGGCAAGUGUGCCGACGGCUUUCUAACUGACAAGCACAUGCAUGCUGCUCAUCAGCUUCUAUUAAAGCAGUUUCCCUACAUCAGUGGACUAGAGUCAACACUCCUUUGCCAGACUCACGGAUUCGCUCAUGUAACAAGUGAUGCUAUUCAGAUUCAUUUUACAGGAAGUCAUCAUUGGGUGACUUCAACCUGCUUUGGCAAACAAGUACGACUAUACGACAGCAAUGCUGGCCUACACUUGUCUCCUUGUAUGGAAACACAGUUGGCGCAAAUCUAUCAAUUGGCUCACAAAGACAACAUUCUCAUGCUCUAG